CUUCGCUAUUUCCCUCAACCUCACCAUUCAUUAACUCAAAUCUCGUACUCUCUUUCCCUUCUCUGCUUUUCUUUCAUCUCUGCCUCUAGGAUUUCUUAAUCGCUGCAACAAUGUCUGGUCGUGGAAAGGGAGGCAAGGGUUUGGGCAAGGGAGGAGCGAAGCGUCACCGUAAGGUUCUAAGGGAUAACAUCCAGGGUAUCACCAAGCCUGCAAUUCGUCGUCUCGCAAGACGUGGUGGUGUGAAACGUAUUAGUGGUCUGAUAUACGAGGAGACUCGUGGUGUUCUCAAGAUCUUCUUGGAGAACGUCAUCCGUGAUGCUGUGACUUAUACUGAGCAUGCUCGUCGUAAGACUGUGACCGCCAUGGACGUGGUUUAUGCUCUCAAGCGCCAGGGCAGAACUCUCUAUGGUUUCGGUGGUUAGAGUUUUAGGGUUCUCUGAUCUCCCAGUUCUGGAUAGAAUGGAAGAUAGCUUCGGUUUCUUUUCUACUCUUUUGGUGUUAACUAAGUUUGUAAAAAUGUUCAGAUCUUCUGAACGAUCAAUGUCUGUGAUAUCUCAACUUUCAAUUAAAAUGAAAAGAAAAUUAUGUUCUUUCGAAA